AUGUCUGCGCUUCUGCGUGAGCUGUGUCCUGUGAACGUCCUCCGGCCCACGUUUCCUUCUUCGGUGACUUCGUCAUCUGUAUCUGCGCUGGUUGCGGUGUACAAUGAUGCGGUCUCUCGUGAGUCGGGUGCGUUGGAGCGUGCUCUGCGUGAGGUUUACUCCUUGGAUUCUGUCUCACUUCCGUCCGUGAUUGAUUUCGAGGGCAUGUCGUCGUAUCAUUCGUCCGUGCUGCGUGGCCGUCGUUUGUCGGUGUUGUCGUGGAUUGCCUUGAACUGGAAGGGCUGCGUGUUACGCACUGAUGUGGGUUUAUACGGUGCUUUGCAGAAGUCGUUGCACGGCGUCGAUGGCGACGCUCUUUCGACUCUGACUGCGGCUAUGUUUUUUGUGCUUCUGAGCUUGUCCGGCAUCAUCUCUGGCUUUCGGUUGUUUGGCAACUCGCUUGUGCAGUGGCUGUGGUGUAUCGCCACGCUGCUGCUGUACAACACGUCGUUCGUGUUCAGCCAUUCCGGCAUUGUUGUUUUGUGGACAGCCGUCUUCCACCUCGUGGGCCUGCUAGUGCUGCAUGGCGCCGUGAGGCCCAAGUCCGAGUCUCGUGGUGGCGCCGUUGACGGCUCCGCAAGCUACCUGCGUGCCCACGUCUGCGUCCGUGGUCUCUUCAUGGUCGCCACCAUCAUCGGUACGGUUGCGACGCUGCCGUCGCUCACCCCCCUCAGCAAUACUGGCAUACGACAACCUGCACUUUAA